CACGGACGUGGGCGCGGGCAGGUCUGGGGCGGGGUCACGUGGUGCUGGCGGCCUCCAUUUUGAAGCGGCCGGUUCGUGGAGUCGGGAACUGCGGGCUGUGUGUUGAGUUGCUGUCGCCACCGCCGCCGCCGCUGCUGAGGGAGGGUUGGAGAGGAGCCUGAAAGCAUGCCGGCGUACUUCCAGAGGCCGGAGAAUGCCCUCAAACGGGCCAACGAGUUUUUGGAGGUUGGCAAGAAACAGCCUGCUCUUGAUGUGUUGUAUGAUGUCAUUAAGAGCAAAAAGCAUCGAACAUGGCAGAAAAUACACGAGCCUAUUAUGCUCAAAUACCUGGAGCUGUGUGUGGAUCUUCGAAAGAGCCAUCUGGCAAAAGAAGGAUUAUAUCAGUACAAGAAUAUUUGCCAGCAGGUGAACAUCAAAUCCUUAGAAGACGUAGUUCGGACUUAUCUGAAAUUGGCUGAAGAAAAAACGGAAGCUGCUAAAGGGGAAUCUCAACAGAUGGUACUUGAUAUUGAGGACUUGGACAAUAUUCAAACUCCAGAAAGUGUGCUGUUGAGCGCAGUUAGUGGUGAAGAUACCCAAGAUCGUACAGAUCGCCUUUUGCUUACGCCAUGGGUCAAAUUUCUUUGGGAAUCCUACAGACAAUGUUUGGAUCUGUUGCGUAACAAUUCUAAAGUGGAGCGUCUUUAUCAUGACAUUGCUCAACAAGCGUUCAAGUUCUGCCUGCAGUAUACUCGUAAGGCGGAAUUCCGCAAGUUAUGUGACAACUUGCGUAUGCACUUGGGACAGAUCCAACGUCAUCAUAACCAAAGCACAGCAAUCAAUCUCAAUAAUCCUGAAAGCCAAUCCAUGCAUCUAGAGACGCGACUUGUACAACUAGAUAGUGCAAUUAGUAUGGAGCUUUGGCAGGAAGCUUUCAAAGCAGUUGAAGACAUUCAUGGAUUAUUCUCCUUGUCUAAGAAGCCUCCCAAACCCCAGUUGAUGUCAAAUUAUUAUAAUAAAGUUUCCACUGUAUUCUGGAAGUCUGGGAAUGCGCUAUUUCACGCAUCUACUCUUCACCGAUUAUACCAUUUGUCCAGAGAGAUGAGAAAGAAUCUUUCCCCAGAGGAGAUGCAGAGGAUGUCUACCAGAGUACUUUUGGCUACUUUAUCAAUUCCAAUUACCCCUGAAAGAACAGACAUUGCCCGGUUAUUGGACAUGGACGGUAUUAUUGUUGAAAAGCACCGACGACUAGCUACAUUGCUGGGACUUCAGGCCCCUCCAACGCGGCAGAGUUUAAUUAAUGAUAUGGUGCGGUUCAAUGUGAUGCAGUAUGCAGUACCUGACGUGAAGGAAGUCUUUAACUGGUUAGAAGUGGACUUCCACCCACUCAAACUUUGUGGGCGUGUUACUAAGGUUCUCAAUUGGAUUCGAGAUCAGUCAGAAAAAGAACCGGACCUUCUGCAUUAUGUGCCUCACUUGCAGAACAACACUAUCCUUCGACUUCUUCAGCAGGUGGCCCAAAUAUACCAAAGUAUUGAAUUUACUCGAUUGGUUUCCUUGGUUCCAUUUGUUGAUCCUUUUCAAUUGGAACGUGCUAUUGUUGAUGCUGCCCGGCACUGUGAUUUGCAGGUUCGCAUCGAUCAUUCUUCCCGUAAUUUGAGUUUUGGCUCCGACCUUAAUUAUUCUCCACGAGAAGAUUCACCUGUGGGUCCCUACCUGCAGCCAAUGCCCUCUGAACAGAUUAGAAGUCAACUGACUGCAAUGUCUGCUGCAUUAGCCAAAGCUAUUCAAGUUGUUAAACCAGCACACUUGCUUAGUGAAAAGGAAGAACAGCACCAACAGGCUGUCAGUGCUUAUUUGAAGAAUGCCAGGAAGGAACAUCAGCGUAUCCUUGCCCGUCGGCAGACUAUUGAAGAGCGAAAGGAGCGCUUGGAAAGCCUGAAUGUUCAGCGGGAGAAAGAAGAAAUGGAACUGCGAGAGGCAGAGCUUCAGAAAGUCCGCAAAGCUGAAGAGGAACGUUUGCGUCAGGAAGCACAGGAGAGAGAGAAAGAGCGUCUCAUGCAAGAGCAUGAAAACAUCAAGCGGAGGCAUGUGCGGGAACGGCUGGAGCAGAUUAAAAAAACUGAACUGGGCGCUAAGGCAUUUAAAGAUAUUGACAUUGAGGACCUUGAAGAGUUGGAUCCAGAUUUCAUAAUGGCCAAGCAGGUUGAACAGCUGGAGAAAGAAAAGAAGGAACUUCAAGAACGUCUGAAAAAUCAGGAAAAGAAGAUUGAUUUUUACGAACGAGCUAAACGAUUAGAAGAAAUACCUUUGCUAAAACAAUCUUUUGAGGAACAGCGAAUAAAAGAUAUGGAGUUGUGGGAACUUCAAGAGGAAGAAAGGAUUACCAAUAUGAAAGUGGAGCGUGAAAUGGCGUUGGAACACAAAAAUCGAAUGUCGAGAAUGAUGACUGAUCAAGAAUUGUUCCUUGAAAGGCUUAUGGCUUCAAGGCGCACAGUGUAUGAGGAAAAACUGAAGAAUUUCCAAGACAAGCUCGAUGAAGAACGGCACAUGCGUUUGGAUGAACGCAAACGAGAACGUAAAGAGGAAAGACGCAAGGUUUACUAUAUAGAAAAAGAGGAGGAAGCUGUGAGACAAGAGGAGGAAAAGAUUACGAAAGAACGGGAAGAGAAGGAGCGCACUGAGCGUGAGAAACGGGAAGCUGAAGAGCGCGAAUACCAGGAAAAGCUACGAAAAUUGGAAGAAAUUGAAAAGAAACGACGCCAGAGAGAGUUGGAAAUUGAAGAACGAGAACGUCGUAAAGAAGAAGAAAGGAAAGUUAAUGACGAUCAAAUGCGCAGAAAGGAUACGAAUCGCUGGAGUGACCGAGAUAAUGAACGAGAUGGAUGGAGGGAUUCCCGUGUUAUAGAAAGAGACAGUGAAUGGAGACGUGGUGGAACUGAUGCAGAGUGGCGCAGAGGAGAAGGCCGGGGCUUUGAUGAAGAGCGGCCUGCAGUCAGGCGAGGGGAGGAUCGGGUCCGACGAGAUGAUGAUAGGGAUCCACUGUUCAAGAGAGGAGAUGAUGAUCGGAGUAAUCUGUUUAGAAGAGGUGAUGACGACAGGGGAUCUUGGAGAGAUGAUGACAGACCACCUCGCCGUGAUGAUGACAGGGGCCCUCGGCGAGCAGAUGAUUCAAGACCUGGCCCAUGGAGACCAAUUGAGAAACCUGCUACAGGUGGUGGAUGGAGAGAGAGAGAAAAAGCACGUGAAGAAAGUUGGGCCCCACCCAGAGAAAUUAGGUCUUCAGAAGAUAACCAGGAUAGAGAGCGUGACCAUGAUCGGGAUCAAGAUCGACGAACUGCAGUUAGAGACAAGGAUGAAGCCCCAUGGAGACGGGGUGGUACCGAAGAGAGUAGUGCCUGGAGAGAAGCGUCUCAGCUACCGGAUGGUGACCGAGAUCGUAGAGACCUCCGUGAUCGCCGAGAAGUAAGGGAUCGUAAGAUUGAGCCAGAACGGCGUGCUCCACCUGUUAAGACUGAUCGAGAAGACGGUGUGUGGCGACGUGCUGGUGAACAAAAAGCUGAAAGCCAGAAUGAGAAAGAGGUAAUGGAUACACCUGUGAAAGGUCCACCAGCAAUGGACAGUGACCAAGAAAGCUCAGCCUGGCAAAAUGACAAGGAUAAAGAGGCACCUCGUAUCAAAACUGAAAUUGAUGAUGAUGGCUGGACUACUGUGCGUCGCUAAAAGUACAUUCAUGCCCUAUUUACCAAGACCCACAUGCUGAAUCUGAAUUAUAGUAACUUUAUGGCAAACUCUUAAUCUUUUUGAAGCUAACAAAAUUGACAUUUGUUAAACUGUACGCAUGUACCUAUUUUAGUACAACAAACUUGAUACAAGCCGAUCAUGCAACUAAAAUAAUAGAAGCCUGCAAAGUUAACCACCUGUUGCAUGUCAAAGCAUUUCCUUUACUACGUCAGCCUGUUAGUAGGCAAUAAUGAGUGUAAGGGAAUACAAUUAGCAUCUAGUGCAGCUGUAACAUGAAAGGAAAAUGCCUUCCCUCUACUAUCAGCCUGUCACUUGGCAACACUGAUGGUAAAUGAACACCAUUAGCAUCCAGUGCAGCUGUAAUGCAAAAGGAAAAUACACACCAAACCUGUAUCUCCAAAUUUUAUCAACUGAUUUGGAUAAAAUAGCCUUGCUGUAUGAUGUAGAUGUGAUUAAGGCUUUUAAUAAUACAACUAUUUGGUACCUGUGUUGCCAGUAUGUUUGUUGUCAUCAUACUGUGGAUUGUGUGAACAUAUUUUUAAAUUGGCACAAACCUUGCAGUUUGGAGAAUUUUUGGUCAGGUUUGCUUUUUUUUUUUUCAUUUGGAUGAUUAAAUUGAAUCGGAUUUAGUUUUUCUUCCCAUCUUUCGAAUAAAGGUUUUCCUCAUCAGA